CGGCUGCCUGUUCUUUCAGCUUUAACCUUUCAUCAAACAUUCAAGCUGCAUGUCUGGGUUCUCAAGGCACGGUGGAGAGAUUUGUUGGACGAGACCUUUUGUUGCUAUCGAGAAGGAUCAUGGUGACAUCUCCCCAAAUCGUAACUCAUGGGAACUUUGUGGUUUGACAAAGUCCACUUCUUCAUCUUCUUCAUUUUUAUUUCUUAAUUGCGACGCUGACGGAACAUGUGACACUUCACCAAACCUGAGCAACUUCCUCAGAAUAUGCAUAGGGUCAAACCUUUCUUGAUGACAAUGGCUUGGGGAGUUCUGGGAAAUCUUAAUCUCUGUGGUUCCCAGAGAAGAUUUAUUCAACAGAGAAUUGAGACCGUAAGUGCUGAACACUAUCUCUUGCUCAACUUGACCGAGGCCGAGACAGACAAAUCAAUGUAUUGUGGUGGGCCGAUGGGCUCUAUGUCUUCCUGAAGAUGUCGUGGCAACCCCAAGAGAACUUUUUCUAUAAAGUGGGGUUGAGGACAAUUUAAAUGGUGUUACAAACCGAAGAACACAGUGCUGGUUUGAAGGUGCUGGAGAAUGGAGUGUCACAAGGCGGGAGUCUGGGUGAGGUUUCUUUUCGGACUAAUAGAGUGGCAAUGGAUAAACCUUCCAUGGCCAUCACCGAUGUUGACGAAAAUGGCGAUGAGUGUGAAGUGUCAGGGGAGGAAGAUACUGAGGAAAGGGAGCUAGAUUACAGGCCAAACUAUUGGGAGGAUGAUGAUGAAAUCUACCAGGAGUUUGAGGAGUUGGACUUUGAUUCCCUUCCGGAUCGCUCGGACACGCAGAGCAUCGCCUCAAACGAUUCAUUCUAUCCACACGACAAUUGUGUUGCAUCCCAAAUGUACUGCUCGUUUUCUCCCGACGGCCCAGAACCCAUUUCAUUCUUUAACGCCUGCUGCAACAACAACGCCAUCAUCGUCAAGAUUAUGAUUAGACAAGGAGUGACCCAAGAGGAAGUGAAGGAGACGGAUCGGAACAGAAGAUCAGGUUUGAUUAUGGCGUGCUACCAUGGUUACGUGGAUGUGGUCAUGGCCCUUUCUCAGUGCCCGUAUCUUGAUGUCAACUGGCAGGACAACGAGGGCAACACUGCUCUCAUUAUUGCAGCACAAGCAGGUUACGUGUUCAUCUCAAACUACCUACUCAACUAUUUCCCCGGGAUGGACAUUGAGAGAAGGAACUGUCACGGUUUCACAGCUUUGAUGAAGGCUGCCAUGCAGGGCCAGGCAGAGUGCGUCAGGGCUCUCAUGCUGGCUGGUGGUGAUAUCCAAGCUCGGGACAACGGCCGCAGUUUGACUCCCAGGGAUUGGGCUCUCUUCACUGGUCGAUACGAGACAGCACAUCUGAUGCAUCGGCUGAUGUCAAAGCCAUGUGCUGAGCAGUUCUGUGACUCCUUCUCCCUGGAGUGGCCCCCGUUGGAGGAGCUGGUGGCCCAGGCCCAGGAGCCCAAGUCCUACCGGAGGCGUUUGAUCAACGUCCUGUCCUGCUGCUCGUAUAGGAUUUACAUAAACAACAAAGUGAACCCCGUGGAUGAAGGCGUCCUUGACCACAUGGUCCAGCUCACCACCGCUCUCUCCAGCCCGGCCAUAGCCACGGCUUGCCACACGGUGUGCCCGGGCAGCCCACCGUGCAUCGGGAAGCGUCGGCCAGCUGUGCAAGAGAUCCUGAGGAGGCAGCGGGUGUCGGAGCUAAAGCGCCUGGGCCCAGAUAGACUGAACAACUACAAGAAUUUUUUCCAGAACUCGCGAGUCCUCCUCAUUCCCAAGGCAAGGGAUCGCAGGGCCAGCCUGCAGACUCAGCUGCUGAGUGACGUAGCCGCGGUGGCCAUGAGGCGAGCGAGCCUCCUGCCUCUGAAUAUGCUGAGGAGGAGCAGCGUGAGGCCCGGCAUUGUGGUUCCCAAGGUGAGGCUCUGCAAAGCCCCGGCUCCCAGCUUCGUACCGGAGAAACUCAAACAGAGCGGUUAUCACAACGACCUCCAGAUCCCCAAAUGGAACUACAAGAUGAAGAGGAUUGGGAGGAGGCAGGAAGAAGAGGAGAGGAGACGAGUGUUACCUCUGAUAAGCAGAUGAUGGGAGAUGGGGGAUCAGCUCAGCAAGCAGGACAAACUCACAAAGCUUCAGUGUGUCUUGUUGGAAAGCCUUGCAAUCGCAGGUCACAGUCCUAUAAAAAAUUACCUGAAGAAUUGAGUGCUCAUUUGUAUUGUUUACUGCAAUUGCAGAUACAUUUUUUUGCCUUGAUUCUCUGCUUUUAUUCGUAAUUUAUAAUGCAAUGUGGCAGAAGGAGAUUUGGGGGGUGAUCCAAUAUAGAAUUUAUAACUGUAAUUAGUUCAGUGGCAUGUGGCCAAAUAAAAAAAGAAUAAUUUUCUCGAUAUCUUUUGAAUUAAGUUCUCGUCUUAAGCUCGAGAUUUCCUGCACAGAUCAUUUGCUAUCAAGCCAUACAAAUAUGAGAAAAAUUUUCAGAGGAAGUGAGACAGAAGUUACACAGGGGAAGGCAAAGGGUGGACAAAGUGAAACACCAAAAAAACCAAAAAGCAAAACAAAAAGAGGACUACCAAUGGGGGUACUCUGACAAGGCCAAAUAGAGAUUGGUUGAUGGCUGCUACCACAUGAAAACAUGCAGGGAAGAAGCCAAGAAACCAUCAUACACUGAUGCCAACAGGUCCGACAGGUAGAAGCCAGAUCACACAGGCUUUGUGAGGGCUGUGAGACAGAUAGACAGAGCCAAAAAUAAACAGCUCAGUG